GUAGUAAGCACGUGUUAUUGUUUUGUUGAUUCACGGAAUUGAACUUUAGAAGUUAAUUUUGUUUUCGAAACUAAAUACUUUCCUGAUGACGGUCGUAGUAUAUUGCUUUAAAUAAGUCAUAACAUUGCAAGGUGCAUUCUAAAAUGGGUAAAAAAAGAAAAUUGGUUUCUAAAGAUGAUGAUUUUGAAUUUGAUCCGAUUCCUAAACAUUUGGUUACUUCACACAUAAAAAAGCAGGAAAAACGUCUUAUAGUUAUCCUGGAAAACGCACAACUGGAAAGCGUGAAAAAUGGAAAUAGCUUUGAGCUAUUAAACUGUGAUGACCAUGGUCACAUUUUAAGAAAAAACGAUCGUGAUCCUGGUUCUUGUCGCCCAGAUAUUACGCAUCAGUCUCUCCUCAUGUUGAUGGACUCCCCGUUGAACAGAGCUGGCUUACUGCAGGUCUAUAUUCAUACAGAAAAAAAUGUUUUAAUCGAAAUUAAUCCACAAACAAGAAUACCUAGAACAUUCAAGCGUUUUGCUGGAUUAAUGGUUCAACUUCUACACAAGUUUGCAAUUAGAGCAUCAGAUGGGCCAAUGAAACUUUUGAAAGUUAUUAAAAAUCCUGUCACGUCACAUCUACCAGUUGGAGUCAAGAAAAUUACUAUGUCUUUUAGUUCUAAAAUAGUUCAGAAUUGCAGAGAUCUGGUCCCAAAAGACGAACCCAUUGUGAUGGUCAUAGGUGCAAUGGCUCAUGGUAAAGUUGAAGUAGACUACUCUGAAGAUGUCAUAUCUAUCAGCAAUUAUCCUUUAUCAGCAGCAUUGACUUGUGCUAAACUUUGUUCAGCAUUUGAAGAAGUUUGGGGAGUAGCAUAAGUGUUAAAUUUAAUUGUAAAAUAAACCAUCUUUCCC